AUGCACACGAUCGCACCUACCAUUCUCGACAGCAAGACCCUACGACGACCCAUUCUCCAUCGACCUGUUCUUCGCCUUACCGACGAGCAGUGGUCCUACGUCACGAAAGCCCAGCAUGUCGCCGCCAGCCGAAAGCUCGAGGUGCAGGCGGACGGGCAGAAGCUGUUGGAGAACAUAGCGGAGGCGAAGCGGAGGUACGGAGAGAAGCUGAAGGCAGUGCAGGAGAGGGAGGAUGGAACGGAAUCUGCGAGGACGAGGAGGGCAGCGUUUCCACAAUUGAAGGAGAUCGGGAGGUCGGAGUCAUAUAGAGACGUGACUGAGGGAAUCAAGGACCCCUCGUGGGGCAAUUAGUUUGCCAAUGUGAAAGAGUUUGCUGAGACGUUGUUUGUUAUCGCUAUUGCAUUGAUGUAUCAUAGAAUGUAAAUAGAAACAAAAGUGAUCUGG